CGCAUACAAUCCGUUGGCUUCUCCUUGAAAUCGAAUUAUAAAUCAACACACGAUGCGAUGAUACUGAAACCCUCGCCGCUCCUUCUUCGGACGGCAUUUCCUCCCUCCUUUGCGGCGUUCCCGACUUCGAGUCUACGGCAGAGCAAUGCGAGUUGGAUAUGUCGACAAUGUUCGCGAACAGACUGGUCAGCACAGGGACUGGCGAAGCAGAGGAGACUUGAAGGGUUGAGGCAAUAUUCAACGACCAAAGCAUGGAGGAACGCCGAGCACGCGGGAAAGACGUGGAGGCAACGGGUCAGGACAUUGAACCCACAGGAAAAGAGAAGGGUUGCGAUUGGAGUGACAGUGGUAUUUCUGGUUGGAAUGGGAGCGCUGGCAUUCAGUCCGGCGGCGAGACAUGUGUACAUCGCUGGAGAGAGGUGUGGAAGGGUGGGAGUAUGUUUGGCACUGAACAUUAGGGACUACAUCAAGAUCUUGAAGCGAGCCGAUUGGGAUGACCCACAAUACGAGAAAGACCUGUCAGUGGUGCAUAAACGAUGUGCGGAACGAACGUUGAAGGUUAUGGAGAAGAAUGGCAGCAUCUUUAUUAAGCUGGGCCAGCAUUUGACCAGCUUGAAUUACUUGCUUCCGUCGGAAUGGUGCGAGACAUUCAUACCCCUGCAGGAUAAAUGCCCGGUCUCCAGCUAUUCCUCCAUCGAAGCAAUGGUCAAGAAGGACACGGGCAAAUCGCUCGAGGACUACUUCUCGGAAUUUCCAGCAGAACCGAUCGGAGCUGCCAGUCUUGCUCAAGUCCAUCUUGCUCGCGUCCGCGAGACGGGCGAGAGAGUUGCCGUCAAAGUGCAACACCCCUCACUCGACGAGUGGGCUAGUCUCGACAUGUGGCUCACACGCUUCAGCUUCCAAGCACUCAAAUACUGGUUCCCAGAAUACGACCUCACCUGGCUCAGCGAGGAGCUCGAAGUCUCUCUACCCAUGGAGCUCGACUUCCGAGAAGAAGCCAAAAACGCCCGCCGCACAAAAGAAUAUUUCUCUCAUCUCCCCUCCCAUCCCCUGAUCGUCCCUUCAGUCCUCUGGGCCGAACGCCGUCUCCUCGUCAUGGAGUACAUAACCGGCCACCGCCCCGAUGACCUCGAAUACCUCGACGCAAAUGACAUCUCCCGCGAUGAAGUCUCCGCCGCGUUAGCUCGAAUCUUCAACGAGAUGAUCUUUGGCAAUAACGCCCCUCUCCACUGCGAUCCACACGGAGGUAACAUGGCUAUCCGCCUCAAUCCCUCCCGUAAAGGCCGCCAAAACUUCGACAUCAUUCUUUACGACCACGGCUUAUACCGUGACAUCCCCCUCCACCUCCGCCGCGCAUACGCACACAUGUGGCUCGCGGUUCUAGACACCGACAUCCCGGAGAUGCGCAAAUAUGCCUACGAAAUUGCGGGUAUCGGCGACGACGACUUCCCCAUCUUCGCCUCCGCUAUUACCGGCCGCGACUUCUCCGUUGUGACAUCUAACAUCGUGUCCGACCGCAACUCGCCCGAUGAACAGCGCAAUAUCUCGGACGCGCUGGGACAAGACUUGAUCGAGAAACUCGUCGGCUUACUCGCAAGGGUACCACGCGUUAUCCUCCUGAUUCUCAAAACGAACGACCUCACCCGCUCGCUAGACGAGAAUCUUCACACGACUCAAGGCCCGAUGAGGAGUUUCAUGAUUCUGGCCAAGUACGCGGCGCAUUGCGUAUGGGAGGAGCGCGUGGAAGAAGUGAGGAAGAUGGGGAGUUUGUGGUGGCCGGGGAACUGGGCGAGACUGGGCAUGGCGGCGUUUAGGUAUGGCAAGGUGGCGGCCAAGUUGAGGGUUUAUGAGCUGUACUUGGGAUUGAGGGCGAGGUUGGGGUUGGGCCAGGUCAAGCCGCCGGUGGAGAUGGGCGGGGGUAGUGGUGGUGGUGGCGGGGUGGAACAAUGA